AGCGCAUCGUUCCUCACUGGCUUGGACUUCGAAGCAUUUUUCUCCACUAAAACCCUUUCUCGAGUUCUUCCGGCUCUAAUGGCAAUUCGCGUCGUUUUAAAAUCGAAGCGCCCAGUUUUAACUUCAAUCCUCCUUCAGAACCUCGCAAACAGCCCCAUAACAGGGUCCGCAUUUCCGGUAAACCCUCGAAUCCCACAUGUACAAUCAAAUUCCCAUAUACCUAUCUCAGGGUUGAAGCAAUAUCAUGAUGGGAGGCCAAGGGGUCCCCUUUGGAAAGGCAAAAAGCUGAUUGGCAAAGAAGCACUUUUUGUAAUAUUGGGUUUAAAGAGAUUUAAGGAUGAUGAUGACAAAGUUGAGAGAUUUAUCAAAACGCAUAUUUUAAGGCUAUUGAAAAUGGAUUUGAUUGCGGUUCUUACAGAGCUUGAACGUCAAGAGGAGACUUCUCUCGCGGUAAAGGUUUUCCUGGUGAUACAAAAGCAAGACUGGUAUAAACCUGAUGUCUACUUGUAUAAGGACUUAAUUAUUGCAUUAGCGAGAUGCAAGAAAAUGGAUGAAGCAAUGAAGUUAUGGGAAUGUAUGAGAAAGGAAGAGCUGUUCCCUGAUUCUCAGACGUACACCGAGAUCAUUAGGGGCUUCUUGAGGGAUGGAUCUCCUGCUGAUGCGAUGAACAUAUACGAGGACAUGAUAAAGUCUCCAGAUCCACCAGAGGAGUUGCCAUUUAGGAUUUUGUUGAAGGGGCUUCUGCCUCACCCUCUUUUAAGGAACAAGGUCAAGAAAGAUUUUGAGGAGCUCUUUCCAGAGAAACAUGCUUAUGAUCCUCCGGAAGAAAUUUUUGGCAAAUACUGAGGGUUCAAAUGAUUGAUCUCAGUCACGUAGGUGUGAUAGAAACUGACAGGAUAAGACAGCAAUGUUUUUCGAAGAGGAAGCAGGAAUGAGCUAUUCCAUUGGAGAACCUAUAUUGCAGAUAUAUGAUUUUCCUGUUCAGAGCUUGAACAGUCCACAUUUUGUUAGUCACAUUGAGGAGUUCUUUCAACUUAGAACCGUAGUUUUAUUAGAUUCUUGAAGCAUGAUCCACUGUCUAAUUUCGUCCAUAAUUUAAGGGAGGAUGCACGUGGAAGAUAAUAUAGAUAAGAUUGCAUGAUAUUGGUUCUUUCUUUUGACCACCUUUAUCCUAGCAGAUUGCCUUAACCAUGAUGCCUUUUCAGCAUCUCAUCACACAGCCAAUGACCGUAAA